AUGCCUUCCCUUGAGAAUAUUAAUAAGUUCAUGCUAAAUUUCUCUUCGCCGUGUUUAGACAGCUCAAACUUAUCGACUGGGGAGUUGUCGGAGUCCGAGGAAUUUUACGAGGAUUCGACAAGCGACUUGUUUGACAAUGUGAUGAUUAAUCAGGUUGUGCAAGGAUGCAAAGAAACUUUGCUGUGCCCAGAAGAGACUUCACUCAACGAUGUUGUAAAGCGUCUGGAUUCACUGACACAACAGUUUGAAAAGCAUCGAACCGAGUCGUCGAUUGUCUUGAAUGAACUUAUAAACGUAUGUGAAAUUUGGAAAACCUCGACAGAUUCGGAUCAACUCGUUCAGGAAAAUAUUUUACUGAAAGAACAGAAUGGAAUUCUUGAAACAGAGUUAGCUGGUUUGAAAAGUGUCUUAACAGAACUAAACGCAAAGUUAACAACUGCUGAAAAUGAAAAGGCUAGCCUCGUGACAGUCAUUCGCCUUCUCAAUGAUGAACAAGCUAUUACAACUAGCCCAACAAAGAACAAUAAAUUCAACCACGCGUAUCAAACACAAAACCCAUGGAUUACGACUCGUUCAAAAGCUUCAACUCAAAGUGCCCAUCAUGAUACAAUUCUGAAUAACAGAUACUCUAUUCUGCAUGUUGAGGACGAUGAAGGAACGGAGACUAUCAUGGAUGCCAGGAAUAAUGAAACCACAGAUAGUCCAAGACAAGAUAUUGAUCAACGAAACUGUCAAGCAACCGAGCCGAAGCAGGACGCCGGAGACUCAGAAUCACGACGGCAUUCACAGCAAUCAGGUAAACAACAACGAAGGACUUAUCCACACAAAACCAAUCUCGACGAAUCAAAACACCCUACUAAUACAGUUAUCGUUGGUGAUUCAAUCUUGAAGCAUCUAAAUCCUAGGAAAUUGCAACAAGGGAUAAACGGCAAAGUUAAUAUCGAGACCUUCCCUGGGGCCAGCAUCGAAGACAUGCUCCACUAUGUGAAACCAACAACUGAAAAGCAACCUGAUCAUAUUAUAUUGCACAUUGGAACAAAUGAUCUUCGAAAUAAAUCUCCUGAAGUGAUGAUCUCAACGAUACAAAAACUGGUGAGUCUAUUCAAGAAGGUAAUAGCAUUGAGCUUACUCUAUCCAUAGUCAUAGCUAGAAACGAUGAUGCGCUGUUGGCCGACAAGGUAAACACGUAUAAUGAGAAAUUAGAAAAUAUUUGCCUAGAACGCAAUUGGAGACUUAUAAAACAUAAUAAUAUUAACAAAUUACAUCUUAAUAAGUAUGGUCUUCACCUCAACCAGCGAGGAACAGCGAUGCUAGCUGGUAACUUCAAACGUUUUUUAAAUCAAUCUGUAAAUUGAUAUUCAGCUGUGGUUGAGAGAGAUUUAACCAAUUUAAAUUCUAAUAAACUAUGCAAUAAAAUCCCAAAACACGCUUUCCCCAAAACAAGGGGAUUUAAAGUUGCGCAUUUAAAUGUAAGAAGUUUAUAUAAGCAUAUCAAAGAACUAAGAAUAUACCUUGAAGAGCAAUAUUUCGAUAUAAUUAGCUUAAAUGAAACCAUGCUCGAUUCCUCUAUUUCAGACUAUGAAAUUAAAAUUAAUGGAUAUGACAUUGUAAGAAAGGAUAGAAAUCGGCAUGGUGGGGGAGUUGCAAUUUACCUACGCAAUUCUUUAAACUAUACAGUGAGAGAUGAAAGUCUUGAGACAUUAACACUUGAAAUUACGAAGCCGAAAGCCAGACCAUUUAUAAUUAAUAGUUGGUAUAGACCACCGAAUAGCUCGCAAGAAUACCUAAAUACCUACGAGAAUUUAAUUACCCAAAUGGAUUCCGAAAAUAAGGAAGUUAUUUUAAUUGGUGAUUUCAACUGCGAUUGGUCUCUUUUGGCUAAUAAUGAGGCCAAUGCUCACACAAACAUACUUGCCGAAAUUAUGAAUACCCUUCAAUUUGAGCAGUUAAUUAAAGAGCCAACUCGAGUUACGGCAACAACUAAGAGACUAAUCGAUUUGGCCUUUACAAACAAACCUGAAUUAAUUAAUGGCUCAGGAGUCAUUCAUCUGGGAAUCAGAGACCAUAGUAUGAUUUAUAUCCAAAGAAGCAUUUCCAUUCCCCGUGGGGAACCUAAGAUUGUCAAAACUAGGCAAUAUAAGCAAUAUAAUGCCAAUAAUUUUAAGGCAGAUAUUUUUACAUAUUUAAACGAUGAAAUAUUUUUGAACAGUACGCUUGAUCCAAAUGUAAUGUGGGAAAAAUGGAAAACAAGAUUUUUAACUGUCGCUGAUUUUCAUGCUCCUCCGAUUACUAAAAGAGUAAGAAGCCAAUAUGCUCCGUGGAUAACAAACAACAUUAGACAAGUCAUGCGCCAAAGAGAUUACUUAAAGAAAAAGGCUGUUAAAACAGGAUGGAAACAAUUUCAUGAUGCGUAUAGGAGAACUCGAAACGAUUUAAAUAGGUUAAUUAAAAACACAAAAGCUGAAUAUUUUAUGAAUACCUUGAACGAAUGCGAUAAUAAUCCUAAAGAAAUGUGGAAAGCGGUUAAUAAACUUACUAACAAAAGCUCAAAAACUACCAUAAUCAAGUUUUAA